AUGCUGCUAAGUGAUGGUUCUGCCUAUGGUUGCGGUGACAAUUCAAACGGACAGAUAUGCGAUUCCCCGGAAAAAGGUGACUGCGCCUCUUGGACCCGAUUGGAUCAACGUUUCCAGGACGUAGCAUGCGGCUGGGACUUUACGGUGGGAAUCAACAAAGAUAAUGAGGUGAUAAGCCGAGGAGCUGGCCAUAAAGGUGAGUUGGGAAUAGAAGGAUUGAGUCAAGCGGGUCAUUUUACCAAGGUCAUGAAGGUAAAUAAGGGAUCGAGAGUGUUUUCGUCUCUCCAAAACUGUGUAGUCGUGGAACCCUUGGGCGAUACAGGUGGUUCCAGGGUAUAUGGAUGGGGCAGCAACACGAAAUGCCAAUUAAAGCAGCCCAAGAGUCGUGUUGUGGCUGCUCCCGUGGUGAUAUUCGAGAGCAACAACACGAUGGUCAAAUACGCAGCCUUGGGUAAGGAUUUUACAGUGCUUGUGGACGUCUCAGGUCGUAUAGUACACGCUUGCGGUAACUUGCCUUCAGGAUUCGAUAUUUAUCAGUGGGGAAACAAAUCUGGCUUACAAGUGCAUUGUAUGUGGACUUCGCUCCAUAUUUUGACGUCUCGGGGUGGUAUCUACUCGUACGGGAACGGGCGUCAUGGCCAACUCUUUAACCGUGAGCAAUGGGCUCACUCUGACGACCUCAAGCAGGCAGCUGUGGGCAGCGAACAUGGCGUGCUUCUAUCGAACUUAAAUACUGUUGCAUGUUGGGGCUGGGGUGAACACGGAAACUGUGGCAGACUCACUGACGAUAGAACUAUUAAUAAUGACUAUUCAAACGUAGUGAGCCCCCUCAACCGUCUACCAAUACCAAACGGCGUCAUCAUUACAAAAGUAUUUGCUGGUUGUGCAACUACUUGGCUGGUCGCAAAGCGUUAG